GGUAAUUAUAGAGUUUAAACUGGACUACCAACAAAACAAAACCCCUAAACCCUUUCUUCUUUCCCCUUCGCCAUUUCUGCUCACGCAGACUUCGCCGAAACGGAGGAGUGAGAAGGGAAUUCAAGAAUUAUAAUGGAAGUGGGACUGAAGAGGCUGGUGAAGAAAGGAAUCGGAGAAAUGGGAUUUACGAAGGAAGGCGGAGCAAUCAACUGGUUUCCCGGCCACAUGGCUUCCGCCACCCGCGCCAUUCGCGAGCGCCUCAAGCUCUCUGACCUAGUGAUCGAAGUCCGAGACGCUCGUAUCCCUCUGUCGUCUGCAAAUGAAGACCUGCAGCCUCAGCUCUCUGCCAAAAGGCGUGUAAUUGCUCUCAACAAGAAAGAUUUGGCUAACCCUAACAUCCUCAAUAAAUGGGUUCGUUAUUAUGACUCUUGCAAACAGGAUUGCAUUUCCAUAAACGCGCAUAGCAGGAGUUCUGUAAGGAAGCUUCUUGACCUUGUGGAGUUCAAACUUAAGGAAGUGAUAACAAGAGAGCCUACUCUUCUUGUUAUGGUGGUUGGCGUCCCUAAUGUUGGGAAAUCAGCUUUAAUCAAUUCAAUACAUCAAACAGCAUUAUCCCGCCUUCCUGUGCAGGAGAAGAUGAAAAAGGCUACAGUGGGUCCAUUGCCUGGUGUAACAAAAGAUAUUUCUGGAUUUAAGAUUGCCCAUCAACCUAGCAUAUAUGUUCUAGACAGUCCUGGUGUGUUGGUUCCAAGUAUCCCAGAUGCGGAGACUGGAUUGAAGCUUGCUCUUGCAGGCUCUGUGAAAGAUUCUGUGGUUGGUGAGGAGCGUAUUGCUCAGUACUUACUAGCAGUUUUGAAUAUUCGAGGCACUCCCCUUCACUGGAAGCACUUAAAUGACAGGGUAGAACAGGCUUGUCGUGAUUCUGAGGACAAACAUGAGUAUAAUCUAAAGGAUCUGCGACCUAAAAAGAGAAAUCCGCCUAAUCUGUCUGACAUGCUAUACAUUGAGGAUCUUGUUUCACAAGUUCAACGAGCGCUAUACAUAAGCCUGUCAGAAUUCAGUGGCAAUGUUGAAGAUGAGAAUGACUUGGCAUGCCUGAUAGAGCUGCAAUUUGAGGUUUUGCAGAAGGCACUAAAGAUACCUCAGAAGGCAUCGGAAGCUCGAUUAAUGGUAUCAAAGAAGUUCCUUACAUUGUUUAGAACGGGUAAGCUUGGUCCUUUCGUUCUUGAUGAUGUCCCUGGUACUAACUCACAGGGAUAGUCUUUUCAGUUUUCUGUUUUCUUAAUUUCAUAUUCUCUCAUGUAAAUAUAUCCUUUCAGAUGGAAAACUGAGAGAUCUCAUAUUAUUAUUAU